CCUCUGAUCUGGGCAGGAUUAAGCAGGUGGUAUGUAACAGAUAGGCUAGCCAGACCAGAACCCCUAGCUAUGCCUCGCUUCUUCAGUCCAGUAAAAGUUGCUCUAAGUAGAUUGAUGAAUAAUUUUUGCACCUAGGGUGUGUCCUGGGACCCUUUCCCCAUUACCAUGCCACUACCCUCUGUUCAUCGCCGCAUCCUGUCAACUCUCUAAUCAACUUUAUGAGCCUCUCUCUUCUUGGUCAGCUUGGCUUGUGUCCCAACCCCUCUGAGACGCCCCAACAUCACCGCCUUGUCCAGUAGACUGUGUUCUCAUCCAAAUGUCCGUCAGUCCAACCCAAAAGCCGCUACCCGACCAAGUCGCCAUGGCUCUCAACGACACGGAGACGACGAGCAGUGAGAAACCUGCCUCGUCGAUACACCGCAGUCUCCCAAUGGCAGCGUUCAAUGCCAGACUGUGCUCGAAACUCGACCUGCGAAUCCUCACCCCCAUGUUCUUUUUGAACUUCCUCUCACUUAUGGGCCGAACCAACAUUGGCGCGGCGCUCAUCCAACAUCUCCCAAAGGACUUGAAGCUGGAUGCGAUGAAGAUAUUCCUCGUUGUCAGCAUUCCCCUGGUGAUGCUGAUCCUCUUUGAAGUUCCGAGCAAUCUCAUCAUGAAGUGGCUUGAGUCGCGAUUCGGAUUGUCAUAUAUGCGCUACCUGAGUUUGAUCACGGUUGGUCUGGGUCUCGUUACUCUGGGCCAAGCUUUCGAUCAAUCCUACGCCGCUUUGCUUGCGACCCGCUUUCUUGUGGGCAUCUUUGACUCCGGGCUUAUGCCAGGCUGCGUCUUCGUCCUGUCGCUAUACUAUCCGUCCGUCCAUCUUCAGUGGCGCAUGUCAAUGCUCAUGGUGGCCAAUAUCGUCAGCAAUAUCAUUUCCAAUAUCCUGGCGUAUGGUAUUUCCAAUAUUCAUGCCUCCAAUGGCUAUAGCGGCUGGCGCUGGAUUUUCAUGGUUGAAGGACUGCUGACGAUUGCCAUCGGAGCAAUUUGUGUUUGGUCUGACAUCGGACGGCCCGAAAAGUCAACAUUCCUGUCCCAUGAGGAAAAGGACGUAAUACAUAGCUUGGUCGAGAGCCGUACGUCUACUAUUGGCAUCGCUGCAGAGCUGAAGGUGUUCUUCUCGAACCCUCUCAACUAUGCGUGGGCGGCUCUAUACGUGUUCACUUGCACCACGCUCUACUCGGUGGCCAUCUUCGCACCAUCCUUUGUUCAGGCUUUCCACCCAGAUUGGAAAGUCCCGCAGGUCCAAGGGCAGGUCGUACCUAUCUUCGUGGUUGACUGUGUCGUCUGUCUACUCGCUGGAUGGGCGUCUGACCGGUUGAACCACCGAUCUGGAUUUGCACUGGCGGGUUAUGUACUCACCAUAAUCGGCUAUGCCAUGCUUCGAGUCCCCAACCGAUUCUCACCUGCAAUCCAGAUGCUCGCCCUCUACUUUGUUUCCAUGGGCACUUAUAUCUCGUUGCCGAUGAUCUGGGCACUUACACAGUUGAACUCAGCAACGCCAUUUCAGAAGGCGCUUGGUUCUGCUUUUGUCAUCGGAGUUGGAAAUGUGGGAGGGUUCGUUUCGGCCUGGAUCUUUCGUAGCAGCGAGGCACCUCAUUACUCGGCUGGUAUGACGGAUGGUUUGAUAUUGACUUGCGUCGCCACUGGGCUGAUCAUCGUGGCUUGGGUCUAUAUGAAAAUGGCUAACAGGCGUAUUUCCGAAACCAAAGAUGAGAGCAACGAAGGUUUGGCCAGUGGAGUUGUUACCAAAUUUAGAUGUUAGACUACGCCGUUGCAAGUGGCAUGUUAGAGCUGGGCACAUAUUGGUUCUUCGAGGCCUUAACUCCUGGACCGUUAGAAUCUCUCUGUUAAUGAUAGGAGAGCAUUAAUUCGUCACUACAACAUGAAGUAAAUAUCGCAUCUGGCUCUCCUAUGACCCUCUGGCACAAGUGAUAUGAUGCUUGUGGAGACACCGAGCCGAAAUUUACACUGUCUACUUGCAGGGGCGCCUCGAAUAUUCCGUGCCACUCAAACGGCAUGCACGGAGUAGAAACGCCUGCUGCAUGAACCAUCCUAACUUGCAAGGGGUCGACGUUAUUAGUGCGACAGAGUGUGCAGAAGACAGUCCGAUCCCUGUCAUGUUGUAGUGCUAUUUUCGGACAUGUCCAAAUCAGGCGACAUGCAGAUGAGGCCAGCUAUGGCAGGGGCAUAUAUACACAUGGGGGGAAAGGAAUAAACAAC